CAGCGGGCAUUGGAUCACCAGGCAUGAUAGCGGGCACUGGGUCAUCAGGCAUGGGAUUGUCUGGCUCGACAGCGGGCAUCGGGUCACCAGGUAUGACAGCGGGCACUGGGUCACCAGGCAUCAGGUCAUUUGGCUCGCCAGCGGGCACCGUGUCAUCUGGCAAGGCAGUGGGCACCGAGUCACCAGGCACGACAGUGGGCUCCGAGUCAACUGGCAUUGGAUCGUCUGGCCCGACAGCGGGCAUCGGGUCAACAGGCAUGACAGCGGGCACUGGGUCAUCAGGCAUUGGAUCGUCUGGCUCGACAGCGGGC